AUGGAGCCGAGUAAAAAGCUGGACGCAGCUGGCACCCUGCCAGCCAACCCCCCACUGAAGCUGCACCCCGACCGCGGCGCCGGGCCUGCCGUCCUGGUGCCCGAGCAGGGGGGCUACAAGGAGCGCUUCGUGAAGGCCGUGGAGGACAAGUACAAGUGCGAGAAGUGCCGCCUGGUGCUCUGCAACCCCAAGCAGACCGAGUGCGGACACCGCUUCUGCGAGACCUGCAUGGGCGCCCUGCUCAGCUCCUCCAGCCCGAAAUGCACUGCAUGUCGAGAAGGCAUCAGCAAAGAUAAGGUGUUUAAGGAUAAUUGCUGCAAGAGAGAGAUUCUGGCCCUUCAGAUAUACUGUAGGAACGAAGGCAGAGGCUGUGUAGAGCAAUUAGCACUGGGGCACCUGCUGGUGCAUUUGAAGAAUGAUUGCCAGUUUGAGGAACUUUUGUGUGUCCGUGCCGACUGCAAAGAGAAGGUGCUGAGGAAGGACCUGCGUGACCACGUGGACAAGGCCUGUAAAUACCGUGAGGCCACGUGCGGCCACUGCAGAAGCCAGGUCCCGAUGAUAACGCUUCAGAAACACGAAGACACCGAGUGUCCCUGCGUGGUGGUGUCCUGCCCUCAUAAGUGCAGUGUCCAGACCCUUCUGAGGAGUGAGUUGAGUGCACACUUGUCAGAGUGUGUCAAUGCCCCCAGCACCUGUAGUUUUAAGCGCUAUGGCUGCGUUUUUCAGGGGACAAACCAGCAGAUUAAGGCCCACGAGGCCAGCUCCGCGGUGCAGCAUGUCAACUUACUCAAAGAAUGGAGCAACUCUCUAGAGAAAAAGGUUUCCUUGCUGCAGAAUGAAAGUGUAGAAAAAAACAAGAGCAUACAGAGUUUGCACAACCAGAUAUGCAGCUUUGAAAUUGAAAUUGAGAGACAAAAGGAAAUGCUUCGAAAUAAUGAAUCCAAAAUACUUCAUUUACAGCGAGUAAUAGACAGCCAAGCAGAGAAACUGAAGGAGCUCGACAAAGAGAUCCGCCCCUUCCGGCAGAGCUGGGAGGAGGCAGGCAGCAUGAAGAGCAGUGUGGAGUCACUCCAGAGCCGGGUGACCGAGCUGGAGAGCGUGGACAAGAGCGCGGGGCAGGCAGCUCGGAACACAGGCCUGCUGGAGUCCCAGCUGAGCCGGCACGACCAGAUGCUGAGUGUCCACGACAUCCGCCUGGCUGACAUGGACCUGCGGUUCCAGGUCCUGGAGACCGCCAGCUACAACGGCGUGCUGAUCUGGAAGAUCCGGGAUUACAAGCGGCGGAAGCAGGAGGCCGUCAUGGGGAAGACCCUGUCCCUCUAUAGUCAGCCUUUCUACACCGGCUAUUUUGGCUACAAGAUGUGCGCCAGGGUCUACCUGAACGGGGAUGGCAUGGGCAAGGGGACGCACCUGUCGCUGUUUUUUGUCAUCAUGCGCGGAGAAUCCGCCGCUCUGCUUCCCUGGCCGUUUAAGCAGAAGGUGACACUCAUGCUGAUGGACCAGGGGUCCUCCCGGCGACACUUGGGGGAUGCUUUCAAGCCGGACCCCAACAGCAGCAGCUUCAAGAAGCCCACCGGCGAGAUGAACAUCGCUUCCGGCUGCCCAGUCUUCGUGGCCCAGACUGUGCUGGAAAAUGGGACGUACAUUAAAGAUGAUACCAUUUUUAUCAAAGUCAUAGUGGAUACUUCGGACCUGCCAGACCCCUGACGAGUCUCUGGGGAGGCGGAUUGAGCAGAAGGCAACUCCUCUGCGGGGUUUGAACCGGCCGUCUCCACCGAGGUCCUCACGCCCAGAAACGGACCUUGUGGAACGGAGGAAGCGGCAGAAGGUGGCUGCGGGCCGGCGGGAGGAGCCACGCGUCAGGACACUCACACCACGUUUUCUAAUAGACUAGCAACACUUCACUUGGAAGAAUUAUUUAUCCUUCGACGAGAGAAAUACUGCUGUCAGAGAAGGUUUUCGUUUUCAUUUUUAAAGAUCUAGUUAAUUAAGGUGGAAAACAUAUAUGCUAAAGAAAAAAACCAUGAUUUUUCUUCCUUAAACACCGAAAAAAGAACACACACACACACACACACACACACACACAAACACACACACACACAUGCACAUACCUGGGGAUAGCUGGACAUGUCAGCAUGUUAAGUAAAAGGAGAAUUUAUGAAAUCAUAAUGCAGUUCUGCUAUAUUCAUUCUAAGAUUCAAGAGUGCAGUCCUGUUUCAAACAUAGCCCGUUGUCUGUUUUAAGGCCUC